CAAGAUGGACUCUCAUUCGGCUUGUCUGUCUUGUCAGAGCCCAGAUCGACAUUUUGCACGGAGAUGAAAAUGUGAGCUUAGGGACAGGAGCAAAUUAGGUCAUCGUCAUUGCAUGACAAAGGCUGUGGCAGAUUCAUCUUCAUCACUCAUACAGCAUUUCCAUAGUUUUUUCUUCAGUGCGGUAGUACCAUGAAGGGUGGAGGAAGGGGCAAGGAGCCACCUGUUGUGGGCGAGGUCAGUGGGAAGCGCCCCAAACGCAAAUGUCUGCAGUGGCACCCACUUCUCUCCAAAAAGGCUCUAGAUUUCUCUGAGGAGGAAGAGGAAGAAGAUGAAGAGGAGCUGGAGAAGCAGCCAGUGCUAUGCAGCCAGGAUCAGGGAUCGCAGGUGCAAUGUGGAGGUCCAACAGAGGAGGUGGAGGAAGACUCGACUGAACAGCGGGCUCGCCGGCCAAUGAACGCCUUCCUCCUCUUCUGCAAACGUCACCGCUCCCUGGUGCGGCAGGAACACCCUCGUCUGGACAACCGCGGAGCCACCAAGAUCCUGGCUGACUGGUGGGCUGUGCUGGAGCCCAAAGAGAAGCAGAAGUACACUGACAUGGCCAAGGAGUACAAGGAUGCGUUCAUGAAGGCAAAUCCAGGCUACAAGUGGUGUCCCACCACCAACAAACCAGUGAAGAGCCCAUCCUGCCAGCCAGUCAGCAACCCCCGCAAAAAAGUUUGGUCCUUCCCUUCCAACUCCACCAAGGACUCUGCCACUGCCAAAAAAGUGCCCAAAACCGACAGCAUGCCACAGUUAAACUUUGCCAUGGCAGAUCCUACAAAGAUGGGAGGCCUAAGCAUGCUGCUGUUGGCUGGAGAGCACGCCCUCACGACCAGAGAGAUCCCUUCCAGCACUGCUAAACCCAGUUUACCUGACACAGCCGGAGAGGGAAAACUCUUUCCAGGGAAUAAGGAAGAGAUACCAUCUGGACCCACACCGAAGAGAGUGCCUGAUGUUACUAAAAGCAGGGUCAAGUCUGCCCUCUCCCCAAUGGAAGAGGUCUCUUCACAGUCACCUCCAUCUUUGGUACCGGAGGGAAAGUCAUGCAGACAGUCUGCUCUCUUCCAGCUUGCUGAGAUGUGCUUAGCCUCUGAAGCUGGAAAGAUGGAGAUCACAGCAUCGCAGCCACAAGACAGCUCCUCUGCAGCUUCUGUCCAGCAAGCCACAGUCAAGGCAGAGAUCAAAGAGGAGACAGGAGACAUCCAUGACUUUCCCCUCUCUUCUCACGCAUCACUUCCCGUACCCCCCCUCUCCUCUUCCUCUUCUACCUCCACUGAUGCCAUUCCCCCGCAACUUGGCAGCCAAAAUGUGCGUGUCAAAAAGAAGAGCAAGAAAAAAGAGGUGGCCAAGUCAAAUGAUAAAGACGGGAUUCCUUGCUCAGCCAAGAAGAUCAUCAAGAAAUGUGAUGAAGCAGAAUCGGGCCUGGACAGUGUCUUCAAUACUAUUGAGGCAGUGGCCAAAGGGACCUGGAGGGACACCGACGAGAAACCCAAGAAGAAGAUCCACAGCAACACUGGUGGUGGAAACUCGGGUUUGCCCAAAAAGAAGAGUAAGCCCAAAGUCAAGACCCCCCUCAAAGAGAAAGAGGAGGGGAUGCAGGAGGACCGUGGGCACUGUGAGCAGCAUGGCUCCUCUGAGGUGGAGAUGAAGGAGGAGAGGUUAGACGACAUCCCCAAGAAAGAGGCCGAAGAAGCAGGUAUCAGAAGCACAGACGUCCAGGGCAGCAUGACAGAUCCCCAUCACUCCCCCUCCAGUCCCCCGCAAGCAAAGCUCAAAGAUGAGGACAGGGGGAAGGAGAGGCAGAAUGAAGCAGAACUAAGCACAGAGAACCGCGGAUCCAGGAAGUCAGAGAGGAGCUGCAAAGGCGCCCUGUACAAGACCCUGGUUUCCGAGGGAAUGCUGACUUCUCUGAGAGCCAACAUUGACCGAGGUAAAAGAGGUGCUUUCCGUGCACCUGACCACGAUGCAGCCUGGAGUGAUGACAGCUGGACUGUUUCUCAGAUGGGGCCUAAUAACCCCAAGAAGCUGAAAAAGUGCAAGUCCAAAGAUGAGUCACAGGGCCUAGGGAAACUGGAAGAAGAGUUUGAGAAGAAGUUCAACAGCCUACCGCAGUAUAGCCCAAUGACCUUUGAUAAGAAGAGCACUGCUGUUGCAAAGAAGAAGAAAACCGACAGCUCCGCUGCACAAGAGGAAGCACCCAAAGCUGGCAAAGGGCCAUCUCCAUCUCAGAAAAAGACUUCAUUCAACAAGAUUGUUAGGAAGCACAAAAACAAAAAGGAGAAACCAGGUGCUGUGGAAAAAGCAAUGGUGCAGAGUGAUUCCACCAUGCCGGAUUCAGCUUCCAAAGCCAAAUCAUGUGCCCCCAUUGCCACAAUGUGCCCAGAUGUCCAGGGCACCACUAGUAUGGAGAUGCUAGUUGGUAGCCAGAAGAGGAAGGCUAGGAAGAGCAAGAUCACCCACUUGGUGCGCACAGCUGAUGGCAGUGUGUCUCCUGCUGAGGAAGACAAAACUAGGGAACUGAACCAGGAACAGGAUGAGAAGCCAUUACCCAAACAGAAUUUAUGCAAUGAAAAAGGGUGCUACAGUAAUCCCAGACCGGAGGAAGCAGAGAGGAGCGCCGUACCACAAGAGCUGCCUGCUUUCUUCAGCUUAGCAGCGCUCGCUGAGGUAGCAGCCAUGGAAAACGUUCACAGAGGCCAGCGAGGUUUAGCUGAGGGUCAGAAGAAGGACCUCGGCCAGACUCCAGUCCUCAUCUCCUGCGCCGACCAGUGAAACUCAGCUGCUGUUAGGAGAAGCCACAACACGGACGUUGGCGCUUGAGCUUCACGUUCCUCAAUGUUGUAACCCUAAGCUUGAAGGGAGACUUGAGCAGGAAACUUUGGAUGGACUCCACCCCCACCCCACCCCCACCUCCCCCUUGUGGUGAAUAUGCUUGAGCUCUGGUUUUUGGUGGGGGGAAUAAGAUCCUCCCUGCUCCGCACCGUCUCAGUGUUCUCCCGAAGCCUUCCUUUGGUUAGGAGGAGGAUGCCUUUCCGACCUCCUCCCAUCCCCUUAGAUUCUCCGGCAGGGCUUGUGAAAGAACCAAGCUACCCCCCCAGUGCAUGGCUUCCCUUAUAGAGAUGGUUGUCAUGGGUUUAUCGUAUACCCUUUUGUCACAUAGAGGCCAUUUUUAAGGUCAAGUCUUGCAAUUUCAAACAAAUAUUAUUUUAGGUAGGGAAAAAAAGAACCCAACACAGCAUUGGUUUUAUACAAGAACACAGCUUUCUGUCACCUUUUUACCUCACACACACCUACUGAAAGAGUUCCCUCCACCUCCGGUAGAAUACCUCUAUAUUUGACUAGCUCUUAUCUUGUGGCUCCCUUCCAUUCCUUCCAGCUUCAACCCAAAAUGACUUUAACCAGGGUAAAUAAUCAUGACAGAUAGGCUUCCAUUACCUACAGCUCACCUAGUGUUUCCAUGUGGUACAGCAAUUUGGUGAACUCAAACUUUGAAGAAGUCCGGGUUAAGUAUUUGAUAUCUACCUUGACUUCCCAUGAUAGAAAGUUCUACUGUAAAACGGUGUGUGGUAGCUGCAGAAUAGUCACUUUAGAUCGAAAGUGUAAGAGUAGACCUCUGUAUACCCUUGCAUCUGAACCACAGUUGACUAUAGCUAAGGUUAUUUUGUUUGUUUUUGGUCAUUAUCUUUUAGUAGUCAGUUCACAGUGUCCCUGUCAGGUUAUCAGAUGGUUGGUCUGCUUCUUGUGGUAGGAAAUUAGUGUGUGGGUGAAAAAAAAAAAAAAAAAAGUUCUAAUAUAGCCUUAACCCUCCCACCUAGACCCUCAUGCCACCACAAAGCCCUCAACCAGCCUCUUGCUUAAUGCCAUCACACUUCUGAAAUCAGUUUAAACUUUUUUUUUUUUUUUUUUUGAAUAGUGAAAUGCAGUUUGUGUCAAUACUUGAUCUUAUUGCAGUUUGCGUAGCAUUUAGAAAGGCUAAUUCUUUGUGUGUGACUUGUUUUCAUGAAAUAGUAUUUUUGUUUUGUUUAUUACUCGGUCACUGCACUAAUUUGUAGCUGAAGAGUGAGUGGCUCUAGGUAGGGUCAUAAAAUGCCUUGUCUCCACUGGCUACAGUUUAGCUGUGUUCAUCGUGCGCACGGCUCACGUCUUCAGGACUUCAGGUUCCACUGCAAAGGGUGAGGGACUGAUGACUGUAAAUACAGUGGCUGCAGAAUCCAGUUUUAUUAAGUUGAUAAUUAUCUCCGCCAGGUUGUAGCCUGCAGGGGAUAGUGAGUUUGGGUGUGUGCGUGUAUCUGUCUGCAGCUAAUCUUGUAUAUUACUGGGCCUAUCAGCCUAAUAUUUUUUUUGUGCAAAGUUAUGGCUGUAGUAUCAAGAACCUCUGAUGGUUGCUUUGAAAAACCUGUUCUUGCGACCACCGCUCCCUCUCUUCAUGCAAUUUCUAGCUUGCUUGACCACCACUGCUAUCUCUCUCUCUCUCUCUUUCUCUCUCUCUCUCGUGAAGCCAGAGCUGACCUGACUCGUUUUCCAGAACGUUAACAAAGGCAGAGCUUCUAGACUGCAACCAAAACAGUUGCAUAGCUCACCAUUUCUUUUUGGAAAUGGUCAUAUUUGACAUGGUCACAUUGGUGCGAGGGUCUGCCUCACAGACUGACAGGCAACAUGUUUUUAUUAAGUAGGUUUUUUACCACGAGUGCUGCAUAUGAAAACCUUUUUUUUUUCCAUAUUUCCUGUUAAAUUGACUUGACCACUGCACAAAAGUCUUAUAAUGGCGGGGAAAACACAGUUUUUCCUGCCUGUGUGUGUGUGUGUGUCUGUGUGUGUGUGUAUCUGUCUGCAGCUCAUCUCUCAUACGACUGGCCCUAUCAGCCUGAUAUGGUUUUGUGUGCAGUUAUGACUAUAUGAUCAAGAAAUUCUCAUGUUUAUGGUGAUUCAGAGCGUUUGAAAAACCUGUUUAAAUGGAGGUCGAUUGCUAACUCCUCAGCUUUUUUUUUUUUUUUUUCGAGCAGCAGAGAAGGGAGAUUCGCAGGUAGUGCCUCUGUUUUUUCUCCUCUCCUGUUGUGUGAAAAAAGGGGUGGCUUGUCACCAAACUCUGAGCACCGGAGAAGGGGAGAUACGCCUGGCGGAGAUCCACACUAAUCGGUGCACUCUUCUAGUUUUCUCAUGAGAUGAGCAAAGGGUAUCGACGAGACUCUGUUUUCUGCCAUUUGUCUGUUGUGGUUUUUUUGUGCUGUUUCUGUGCAAGUUGCAGGGUUAUCAGUGAAGAUGCAAACCAGGCCAUAUCUUACUAUGGCUGCUCUGGCUGGUUGAACAAAGCGAGUGGAGACAUGGCAUUCGAUGUGUUUCCUAUUGGCCUUUGGAGAUUUUAUUGCCAAGAAACGGUCCACUCAUAGGCCAUCAGAAAUCAUGUUUUUUGCUUUUUGAAAAUAUUUAUAUUUAGAUGCAAAUUGGUGUCCUUGCUCUUAGCUUUGUUUUCUCGCUGCAUGGUCAGAGUCAUUCCGUUUCCAGAUCUCUCUCUCGGCCAUACUUUUGUUUACAGUGUUUAGCUGUAGUGGUGAGGGAAAAGUGAAGGCCUAAGCGUCUACAGUUAAGCUGCAGGUUUGUUGUCUUCCCAUGAGUUGGAACUAGCUGGAAGAGCUACCACAGGCUAGCUCGGACUGUGGACCGCAGAUGUGUAUCACAAGCUGCUCAGACUCCCCAACAAUACCCCCCCUCCUUCCUCCCUCUCUCCCAGGAAGUUGCCAUCAUGCUAAAAAAAUAGCCUUUUGUUCCUCUGUAGACCAAUGCUUGAUUUACCACAAACUUUAGAUUCAAUCAUGUUUUUAGAUCUUAUAGUUUUUGUUUUCUAUUUGAUUUUUUCCUUCUGUUUGUGUUGUGCAUUUAUGCUCUUUUGAUUUAGGUAGGAUCUCCUCUUUAUUAACUUCAGUGGUCUUUCCUGAGGUCAAGUUUACUGGAUUAAGACUGUUGUCAAAAAAAAAAAAAAAGAACAAGCUCAUACACGAUGAAUGCAUCUAUGCUUACCUGCUAAGCAAAUAAGCACUGAGAUAAAAUGCACCGUCUCUAGAUAAUGGGCUUGUCUUUUCACUUCUGGAAGUGUGUUUGACUGUGACUGCAACACCAGGUUUGGGUUAAGUGUGCUUUGCAGACUCUUAAUGACGAGACAGACAUGUAAGAUGUGGGUCUGAGAGAACUCUUGCCUCUUGAAACAGAGUAUUUAUCCUGAACCAAGGUAUUGUUACAUGGUAAAAAUGUUUUGCUUACAUAGGCCCAUGUGCAGAAAUAGUGCAGAUCAUGCAGCGAUACUAUAUGAUUCCUCUCUAAAUUUGAGUUUAAAAGCUAAAAAAUUAACCACAAGCCAGUGUUUCCCAUUAAAGCUUAAGGGAAACUGAAUAUGCUUUAAGAUAAUCCUAAUAGUAUAUAUAUUUUUUCAGAUAAGAGAGAAAGUUACAUUACGGAUGUUAUCAUCCAAGCAGUAAACUGUAUAGUUUUCCACUGGUGGACAUCAGUGUAGUUCUUUGCAAAGACAAAGAAAUUGUCUUCCCCCAAAACAGAAAUAUAUUUGCUUGUUGCAAGUGAGUUUAUUGACAUUUGCCAAAGAAAAGGGAAAGUUAUCUUCAAAUGGAAAUCCUGUUUAAAAAAAAAAGAAGAAGAAGAAGAAGAAAGAAAUAAAGCUAGCAUAACAGUUGCACUGCAUUUUUUAGGUGUAUAAAUCUUCAGGUAACAUUAUAUCAGCACAACUAAUCCUGUGUAUCGAAUGGGUUUUCCUCGGUGUUUGAACCCAGAGUUGCAAUGGUGUGAAACUGAAGGGCACCACUCAAUGCCUCUUUUAAUAAACAGUGUUUGCACCUUAUGACCCAAACCAAAACGAUCAUGAUCUUUAAAGAAAAUAUAUAAUUUUUACCCCAUCUAUGGAAAUUAUGCAUUUUAACUAUGAUAUAUAUUCUAGAAUCCAGUCAAUAACAAACCCACACAUCUACAGAACAGCCAUAAUACUAUCACCCCCCUCCUCCUCACUUUUUCUAUCUAGAAAAUGCUUCUAUAAAGUUUAAAUUCCUAUAUUAGUUACCUAAAUGACUAUAAAUAAUACCCUUUUGUGCUAGUACUGUCUUCUUGAAUGUAAUCAUUUUGUACCUGUAUUUUUCUAAUUCCAAUUCAGUCUUGAUUGUACUGUAUGUAUGCGAUGGUGUACUGUUUCUAGGUGCAUAGUUCGUUACAACCAACAGUUCUAACAAGAUAGCUGCUGCGCUAUGAACUCAAUGGAAAAAUGUGUGAAGGUUUUAAGUCCAGAGGACUUUGCUUGUCCUACUUAGCAUCCAUUAGACUGAUGAUUGAGAGAUUCUUGCAUUUUUCAGUGGCGGGGCAAUAGAUUCCCCCAGUCUGCUAUUUCUUUUUCCUUUUCUUUGCAGUAAACGUUAAACUGUUCAGGACGGUUAAUUAAACAGGGACACUCCUGCAAUUAAAUAGAACAAUUGAAUGCUUGGAUUUCAACUUAUUUAUUACUAUUCCUUUUUUAUAGGUUUAGUUGAAUAAAAAAAACAAUGAAAUAUACAACUGAAUAUGCAUCCAUUUAUACAUAAACCUGUAUAAGAUUAUCUACCCUUUACUGGAAUGUAGAUCAUGGCUUCCUUUUGUUUUUUGUGAAGAAGAGGUUACGCCAGAUCUUUUAAGCCUAUUUCCUCUGAUAGUUUGUAAAACAUGUGCUCAGUCUAAUUUAUGUUAAUAAGUAAUCAUCAUGACAGAUAUGUUUUUGAUUGUUACAGCCCAGUUGAUAAAUGCAGCCUUGCCUUACUGGAACCCCUGCUUAGUGAGGGAUCCCUUAGCCAUCGCCCUCAGCCCCCACCCA